AUGAAGAAAGAUUUACUAGAGCAUGAAAACUCCAUAAAUCAUCAUGUUUCAAUUCGUGAGGACAAAAAAAUCGUGUCUAUAUUUGUGCUGAUUGGAAUCAUCCUUGCUGGAGCUGCUCUAGGAUACUGGCUUGUGCGAAAAUUUGUUAUUUCAGAAGAUGGAAGUGUUGAUGCUGGCAUAGCUCAAUUUGUGAAAUGGGCAAUGCGUGUUAUUGCAGUCACAUUUAUUUUUCAGAGUACUCUUGAUACUCCUUUGGCAGUGGCGGCAUUGGGUUGUUGCUUGAGCUUCUGUAGUUUUGUUAAUUCCUCAAAGUGGAAUGGCUCAGAGCAAGCAUCAUAUUACUGGAAUGAGAGUCUUUGGGCGCUAAGUGGUGGGCAGCAAACAGUGAAACACAAGCGUGCUGAAUUCUUUAGCAGGUCUGAAAAGAAGGGAGCUCGUGGAACAAUGUGGAAUAGCCCCAUGGAUACAUCUGCUUGGUCUGAUUCUCCUGUUAAAGGUGCAGUUUGUUGGCCCUUGCUUUAUGUUGCCUCAAUGCUACUAGAGGAUGUAUGCUCAUAUUGUACUCUCAACACCUUCAAGGUUGGACGCAUAUAA